UAUGGCGGCAAAUGAUGGAAUAUUUUCUUUACGGCUGGUUAUCGCCGAUUUUUACAUGGAGAAACCGGUGCCGGGCUUAGAUCCUGUUUAUUCGGAAUUUCGCGGCAAAGAAAUUAAAAAGGUUCCCAUUAUUCGCAUAUUUGGCUCCAAUGCCCAAGGACAGAAGACGUGUAUGCAUGUUCAUGGCGUAUUUCCUUACUUCUAUGUUCCCUACGAUCAGAAAGAUUUCGAAUCGGUAAAUAAGGCUAUUUAUCAAAUAGCCAUGAAUUUAGAUAAAGCUAUUAACAUAUCACUGAGUCAGGGAAGUUCAAAUGUUCAACAUGUAUUCAAGGUGCAACUGGUUAAGGGCAUACCCUUUUAUGGCUAUCAUCGUUCCGAACAUCAAUAUCUAAAAAUACACAUGUUCAAUCCACGUUUUGUGCGUCGAGCCGCAAAUCUUUUACAAAAUGGUGCUAUUAUGAAUAAAAAUUUCCAUCCACACGAAGCUCAUGUGCCGUAUAUUUUACAAUUUAUGAUUGAUUAUAAUUUAUACGGGAUGAGCAUGAUACAUGUACCGCUGGAAAUUGUCAAAUUUCGUCGUCCAGAUGAUACCCAUAUUGUGCCGAUAAAAAACAUUACUGAGGCUCAACUCUUGGAUUGUGAUAUGGCCAAAAAGAUGUCUUGUUGUAGUGUUGAAUGUGAUAUUGGUUCAAAUUUCAUAUUAAAUCGUUUUCAACUUGUUACGAAAAGUAAAAAUUCCACACAUUCAAAUCCGGGUAUUGAAUCGAUAUGGAAUGAUGAAAAGCUGAGGAGGGAGAAAAUGUACGAGAGCUUUAAAGAUGAUGAGGAGAAAUUGAAAGGGAUACCUACCCUCGAAGUACCACCAACACAAGAACGUCCAAUUGCCUAUCCAACAGAAAGUGAAAUAUUUUAUCGCACUGCCUUAGUUAGUAAACUUAUAACCAUGGAAAAUUCCAUAAUGGAAACUACACAAUCAUCAGAUCAUACCAUAAAUUGUACAUUACAAGCAAAUAUGUCAAAUACAACAUUGAACGCAAGUCUUGGAGCAACACGACACCAACAAAAACGAACCUUCAAUUUAUCGAAAAUGUUACAAAAUGCUGUUUAUCCUGAAGAAUGUUCGCAGGAAAGUGAAAAUUUAAUAAAUGCUUCAGUUGUCGAAAAUCAUCUAUCCAAUAAUAAUGUUUUUCAACAAAGUGUUUCUUCGUCUUUGAGCAAAGAUUUCUUGGAUUUAACAAAAAACGUAAAUGAUGAAAAGGAGAUGACAGAAGAUGAAAGUGUUUUCCUAGAAGAUACCAUAGUUGAUGAAGAUUUGAUAUUGAGUCUAACACAAUCACAGCAACAACAUGUGCCACAUAAUGCAACAUUACGUGAAGAAGACAUGGAGUUGUUGGAUAUAUUGCAACAACUGGAAGAUGACAAUAACAUUGAGAAAAUUGAUUUGGAUAGCAGUUUGGCACCUUUAUCACAAAACCAAAAAGAUUUCGCCUUAUCUCCCGAACUAUUGGACAAGGAAACCGCUGUAGCAGCAUUAGAAAAAUCUCACUGCCACAGUGAGGACGAUGCUGAUGAUGAUUUAAAUAAAACCGAUGACACCGAUGAUAAUCUUAAUGAUUUUUCUAUGGCCCUGGAUGAUUUAGAUGAACUUCUUUUGAAGCUAACACAAACAAAGGCCACAGAAACAGAGCCCAUACAAACAUCUUUACCACAGCACGAUGGUUCAGAUGAUAUACAAAAGACACCGAAUAAAAAUAAAAAAACCAUUCCAAAUACAACAAAAACGCCACCACGUACACCACCAACUACACCGAAUAGACGACAUACACUGGGUGCAUCACCGUCUUCUCACCGUUCACCAAGAACUCCCAAAAGUGGUCACAAAUAUAAAGCAUUGCCAUUGAUUAUUACCAAUCUUUCGACGGGGAAACAAAUUAUAACCAAUCCCGAUUCUGAGACGCCUUCAAAAUCAUCUGCGGAAGACAAAACUAAGGAUAUUAUAUCAUUGCGUAAACGAUUGGCUUUAUCAGAAUUGAGACGAAAAAGUAUUUCUGUGGAAAUGCCGGAACAAGAAAAUGUAUCGGAAUAUCCUGUGCUUGAAGAAAAUACGCAUUCAAAUCGUAGACGUUCGAGAAGGACUGUAAAUUUAGAUAAAACCCAUGUAACCUGCAAUCUAACACCCCGUAGAACUAGUGAAAAAUUAUUAAGAGUCUACAGUGUUGAAGGCAGUGAAAAUGUUGAGCAAAAGAAAGUCGUCAAUGAUGAUGUCAUCCACACAGAAGAUAAUGUUGAAUCUAAUCUGUUUAAAAAUAAUACUUCAAAUUCUGGUCACAAAGCAACGGAUGAAGAAAAUGAGAAAAUUAUUAUCUCUGGUCACAAAGCAACGGAUGAAGAAAAUGAGGAAAUUAUUAUCUCUGACGAGGUAGUUGCUGUAGAAGAUCCUUCGUUUCAAUUUCGUAAAACACCAAAUUUAAAGCGUUUAAGACGUAGUUUUCUUUCAUCGUCCCAUUCAGCUAAGAGACGUAAAAUAAAAUGCCAAGAUAAUGAAGGUAUUGAUAAAAUAUCAAGCGGAAAACAAUUGGAUGAAAGAAAUUGUUUGAAAUCUUUAGAAUUGGAUAAUAAACGGGCAAAUCAUUUAGAAGAUAAUACAUCUAAAUUUGAAAAUAUACCCAAAGAAACAGAUGGCGAAAUGAAGAGAAUAUUUAUGAAUGUCAAUUCCAAGAACAUUUCCAACACAAAAGCCCUUACAGAAAAUUUCGAUGUGGAAGCCAAAGAAACAAUAGUUAUGGCAGCGAGUGAUAAUGUUAUAAAUUAUCCAUCUGCGUUGAAAAAAUGCCGUGUACGUUUAAAGAGAGUAUGCCUAAGACCUUCUACGAAUUUGGAAAGCGAAAAACGAGGCGAUAAGAAUAUCCAUGACAUUGCAAAACAAAAUAUUACAAAUCUGAAUUUGAAGACACAACACAACUUGGAAGUCCUUAAGGAGACUGAAGAUCAAACAACUAAAACAACUAUUAGUGAUGAAGACCAUCCUAGCUAUAUUUCAAAAAACCCUCUAGUUGAAACAGUCUCUGAGAGCCUACGUACGUCUAUAAAAGUAGAGCAAAAGGAAAUGGAUGAUAUGGAAACAAAUCAAACUACAUCAGUCUCUCAAGGACAGUCUAAAUGCAAAAGAGGAAGAAUCAAAAACAUGUCCCUAAUGAGAAUGGAUAAAGGAUACACAAUAACAAACGAUGGAAAGGAUGAUAAAGCUUCUUCGGAAAAUUUAAGACGUCAAAGAGUACUUCAGGGACUCUCUAAAAGUAUCAUGGAAAAUAAAUUUCCAAAUAAAGGUGAUACAAUUGUAGCUGGUAGUACAAUAGAAAGUCAGACAGAUAAAUGUCAUAAUAAUGUGGAGCAACAUAUCACUUCGAAUGUCAUAAAUCGUUCACGACAUAAAAAAGAUCCACAAUCUCCACUUGAAUUGUAUAAUUUAAAAGCCACAAAUGAAACCCAUCCGGAAGAAUGUCCCACUAAAUCUGAAAAUAUCUUGCCAAAUUUAAGGUCUAGAAGAGCUGCUCAAAGAACGUCAAAGUCGAUAAAAGUAAACCAUAUCAAUGAUUUGCCCAUGGGAAAAGUGGAACAGGAAGUGACCAUUCCAGCCGUAGAAAAUCAGCCAGAGGAAUGCUCAAAUAAAUCCAAAAAUAACUUGAUAAAUCUAACACAUACAAGAGUUACUCGAGGAAUUUCAAAAUCUAUAAUGGAGGGAAACAAAGAACCUGUUAUUGAGGUGGACAAUAUAAAAAAGGGGAUUCAGAAGGACGAACUUGAAUCAAAUUCCUCAAUAUCUAGAAAAGAAAGGAAACCACGUGAAGAAAACCCCCUGCUGAAGGAUCCCAGUGUAAGAGAUAACGCAUCAGGAUUACCGCAGGCAAUUUCUAACUCGAAAAAUGAAAGAAAAUCGAAAAUCGAACUUACCAUUAAAAUGCAACAGGAAAUGUUUCUUGAGGAUGUUGUCAGUUCAAGAAAUAACCAGUCCAAACAAUAUGUAUCCGAGGACAAUAAUAAAACCCAUGUAAUUCCUCAAGUAUUAACUAAAUCUACAAAAGAAAUAACACCUAGCAACGAACCUAUCAUUGGAAUGCAACUCGAGGAGGAGGAGGAGACAGUCCAAACCAAUCAACCAAAAGUACAUGAGGCUACAUCCGAAAAUGUUGAACACAAUGAUACUUCAAGUACCAUGGAACAGUUAAGAUUUGAAACAAGUGAAGACUCUGAGGAAGUGUUCAAAAUUAAUGAGGGUUCUCGAGAAACAUCAAUGAUCGACCAGAUGAUUGAGUGCCAUGAAGAAUGGGAUGAUGAUAAAAGUCUAAUUAUCGAUGAUGAUGACAACAAUCUAAGUUUUGUUGAGAAUAACUUCGCAAUGGAAGGCGAAAAUAAGGAACUUUUAGAUAACAGGGAUACAGAACAAAAUGAAAAUUUAAAACAAAUAUCGGAUGGUUGUGACACCGUCCCUUCCAAACCAACAUCUGCUGAUUCUGAACAAUAUUCAAGACCAAUAUCCAAACAAACAUGCGCUGAUUCCGAAAAUUCCUCAAAGCAAUUAUCUUUGGAUUCCCAAAGGUCUUCUCAGCAAUAUUCUACAGAUUCAAUGGAAUUCUGCAACAAUGCUAAUUUGAUAAAUGCCCUACUAAAAUUAUCGGAAUUGGGUAAAAGUUUGGGAAAACCAAUUGAAACUGAAGAAUCAAAAAAGACUCCAACAAAUAUUCCACAUACCUCAAGGUCGCCUUCCAUAGAAUUUUUCUGUCAAAGUUCCGACGAUGAAAUUGCCGAAACACCCAGUCCGCCCAUGGAACCCAAAUUAAAAAACAAGGAAAUUUCAAAUCCAACCGUUGAAACAAAAUGCGUAAAAAAUGGAAUUUUAAGUUUUUAUGAAAAUAGUCCAUCCUUAUUUACCCAAAACUCAAGUCCAUGUUCCCUAACACAAAACAAACCGCCAAGUAACUCCUUGGAGGAUAAUGCUAUUCAUAUAUCAUCGUCCCAUGAAAGCAGUGAACAAUCGUCUUCACCAACUUUCGAAUCGAAAUUGAUAUUAACCCCACUCGAUUUACCACCGACAAGAGAGGAAGUAAUAAAAGGUUGUCAAAAACUCAAACUGCCCGAAUAUGAAUUCCAGCAACCGUAUUAUAGCAAUCCCGAUGAUGUUACCAAACACAAAGAAAUUGGCUUUACAAUAUUACAAAUAAACAGUAAUAAACUGAAUGAUCUGGAGGAAUAUCAAAGUAUUUUGGGUACGGACGUUAAAGGUCUUACGACAUGGAGACGUCAACAAUUGAUACGUUUAUGUGGACCAGAAAUGCUAAACAAGUAUCGUAACUCUCAAAGGGUACGGGAAUAUUUGGCCACGAAAAAGUGUGUGACCAUUGAACCCCAAAUGUCAGCUCCCUCCAGACAUGAUGUGAAAUUGUGGCUUAAGGCCAGAGAAUUAUUAAAACAAAAAGGCAGUCUCAGAGAUGAGGAGGAGGAGCAUGAUAAAAUUCGCAAUUUAACCGAGGAAGAUAGUCCCAUAAAAGUUAGGCGGCAAAAGGUAACCAUGAUGUUAAAUGAAGGUGAUGAUGGUGAUGGAGAUUACAUCGAUAGUGACACCAGUUUAAAUUGUUCCUCAAUGAGUCUAACACUAACGCCCAUAACUCCAGCCACUCCGGCGGCAAAAGAAAAUUCCCAAGCCAAAGAAGCCACAAAUAAAAGCUAUGUGAAAGAAAAAGAAAUUCUUCUUCCGUCAGCGGAUGAGAGUAUCCUACCACAUUCCUCACAAAACAGUGAAACAAGUGUAUCAAGCCAGACGGCACUUGCUGAAUUGGAGCGUUCUUCAUUUUUACGGCAAAUUGAGGCUCAAGAUAUUACGAUGUGUGGUGGCGGCGGUAGUGGUCGCAGUAAUGAUACAACAUUUAACAGCAGCUAUGGUUUUAAAGUCGCUUUGGAAAAUCUACAACAAGCCAAGGCUGAUAUUGAGUUUAAUUAUCUUACCAUUGUUGCACUGGAAUUAUUUGUGGCCACACGUGAAGAUUUCUUUCCAAAUCCACAAGUCGACGAGAUACGUUGUAUAUUUUAUGCCAUUGAAAAUAGUAUACCCAGUGAUCACAUCGAUAACGACAAGAAGCUGCCACGGAAAUCAUGUGGUUACAUUAUGGUACACGAUCCACGCGAUAAGGUAACCAAAGAGGGUCAUAUUCAUGGCUUAGAUAAAGAUAUUGAAGUGACAAUUGUUAAUAGUGAAGUUGAGGCAUUGGAAGCUCUGCUGGGUUUAUGUUCACGUUGGGACCCAGACAUAUAUGCCGGCUAUGAAAUUGAAAUGUCUUCAUGGGGUUAUAUUAUUGAUCGGGCCAAGUAUUUAUGUUUGAAUAUUGCACCGCUGUUGUCAAGAGUUCCAUCACAAAAGACUCGGGAAUUUAUUGAUGAAGAUCGUGAUUCAUUUACCGAUUUGGAUGUGGAGAUGAAGUUAUGUGGCCGCAUUCUGUUGGAUGUUUGGCGUCUUAUGCGUUCGGAAAUCGCCCUCACAUCAUACACCUUUGAAAAUGUUAUGUAUCACAUAAUGCAUAAACGUUGCCCCUGCCACAGCUAUCGCACCCUGACAGAAUGGUAUUUUUCACCCGGUUCACGUUGGAUUGUUUUGGAAUACUAUUUGGAAAGAGUACGAGGCACCUUGGCAUUAUUGGAUCAAUUGGACUUGAUUGGACGCACCAGUGAAAUGGCCAAAUUAAUCGGCAUACAAUUCUAUGAGGUGUUGUCGAGAGGUUCACAAUUUCGUGUGGAAAGUAUGAUGUUAAGAAUAGCAAAACCCAAAAAUCUGGUACCCGCCUCACCCAGUGUCCAGCAAAGAGCCCACAUGAGAGCUCCCGAAUAUUUACCUCUCAUUUUGGAGCCACAAUCCCGUUUUUAUGCUGAUCCCUUAAUUGUUUUGGAUUUUCAAAGUUUAUACCCUAGUAUGAUAAUUGGUUAUAAUUAUUGCUUCUCCACUUGUUUGGGCCGUGUGGAACAUUUGGGAAUAUCAACUCCCUUUGAAUUUGGUGCCUCCCAGCUGCGUGUCUCUCCCACAAUGCUGCGAAAACUUGUAGAUCGUGAUCUUAUUACAAUUUCACCCUGUGGUGUGGUUUUUGUUAAAUCAUCAGUGCGUGAAGGUAUUCUACCGCGAAUGCUGACAGAAAUUUUAGAUACCCGUCAAAUGGUAAAACAGUCAAUGAAACUACACAAAACAAAUUCGGCCUUACAGCGUAUUCUCCAUUCACGUCAAUUGGGUUUGAAGCUAAUGGCAAAUGUCACGUAUGGUUAUACGGCGGCAAAUUUUAGUGGUCGCAUGCCUUGUGUCGAAGUUGGUGAUUCUGUUGUAGCCAAAGGUCGUGAAACUCUAGAGAGAGCAAUUAAGACUGUGGAAUCCAAUGAAAAAUGGAAUGUUAAGGUUGUCUAUGGUGAUACAGAUUCGCUAUUUGUUUUGGUUCCGGGUCGCAAUCGUGAGGAGGCAUUUCGCAUCGGCGAAGAAAUUGCCGAUGUGGUAACCAAACAGAAUCCACAUCCGGUUAAAUUGAAAUUGGAAAAGGUCUAUCAACCGUGUAUACUGCAGACCAAAAAACGUUAUGUGGGCUAUAUGUAUGAGACACCCGACCAAGAAGAGCCCGUUUAUGAGGCAAAGGGUAUUGAGACAGUACGAAGAGAUGGUUGUCCCAUGGUGGCGAAGAUGUUGGAAAAAGUCCUGCGCAUACUUUUUGAAACGGCCGACGUUAGUCAAGUUAAGCAAUAUGUUUGUAGGCAAUUUACAAAACUAUUGUCGGGUCGUGCAAACAUACAAGAUUUAAUAUUUGCCAAAGAAUUUCGAGGCAUGAAUGGUUAUAAGGCCAAUGCCUGUGUACCAGCACUGGAGUUAACAAGAAAAUGGAUACAAACCGAUCCACGUCGCAUACCAAGACGUGGCGAACGUGUACCAUUCAUAAUCUCCAAUGGACCACCGGGGGUGCCAUUAAUCCGCCUAAUACGUCACCCGCAUGACGUAUUAGCCGAUGAGGGCCUUAAAAUUAAUGCUAUAUAUUAUAUAACCAAAGCCAUUAUACCGCCAUUAAAUCGUUGUUUACUCUUAAUUGGAGCUGAUGUAAAUGAAUGGUUUACUAAUUUACCACGUAAAAUUCUAAUGACACCAGCUCUAUCAUCGGCUAACGAAGUCAUUCCCUGUGGCAAUAACAAAUCAAAGAAAAGUACAAUUUCCCAAUUCUUCUCAUCCACCAAUUGUAUGGUGGAUUGUGGACGACAUACGAAACAGGGAAUUUGUGAUGUCUGUUGUGGCAAUCCAACACGUUCGCUGAUUAUCCUGCAAACGAAAAUGUCCAAAAUCGAAAAAGGCUAUUUAACAACACAGCAUAUUUGUCAGGCAUGUUGUGGUCGAGUUGGUGAUCUGAAAUGUAGUUCAUUGGAUUGCCCGGUGUUGUAUGUUUUAGAAGUAAAACGUCGUGAUCUGCAACAAAUUGUACAUUUUCGUAAUUUAAUUGAAGAGAAAUUUUAGGCUAAGCUAUUU